AUGUCACGGACACAGUGGCACGUUCUUGCGGCUUCCGCGGCCAUAAACUGGAGCACUUACUUCAUCCAUGACGUCCCCGCCUCCCUGUCAACCCCUCUAUCAGAGCACCUCUCUCUCCCAGACCAGCAAUAUGCCUACCUAGUCUCCCUCCUCUACGCCGUCUAUGCAGUCCCCAACACGGUCCUCCCGUUCUUCGCGGGCCCCGCCGUCCAGCGCUUCGGCGAGAGAGCCGUCCUCCUCGGUACCAUAUCAAGCAUAGUAACAGGACAGCUACUCUUCGCGCUCUCCGUCGCAACCAAAUUCCAGCUCGAGGCAAAAGAUUCACCCUCGCGCUUGCGAUCAACCUCUGCGCCGGUAGACUGGGCAGCGUCGCGAACACGAUCGUUAUCCCGCGCUUGA